CCUGUAUGGACACGUCUCACCGACGGAGGACGAGAACAUGGCUGCCUCCUUGCGUCUGGGUCGUCAAGGGAUAUUAUUUGGCCUCAGAUUAUCACAUUUUAGUAAAUGUUCACGGGCCAGACAUCCAUGUCAGGAGCACGUCAGGCACUUCUUCCAGUCGCCAUGUUUCCUCGGUGUCAGCGGACUCAAAGUGGAAAUGCCCGCUCUCUCUCCCACCAUGGAGGAGGGAAACAUAGUCAAAUGGCUGAAGAAGGAAGGUGAGGCGGUGGCAGCAGGCGAUGCCCUUUGUGAGAUUGAGACUGACAAGGCCGUCGUUAUCAUGGAAUCUAAUGACGAUGGUGUCAUGGCAAAGAUAUUGAUGGAGGAGGGCAGUCGCAAUGUGCGCCUAGGCACUCUCAUUGCCCUCAUGGUGGAGGAAGGGCAGGACUGGAAGCAGGUUGAGAUCCCCCCUCCAGAGGCUCCGGCUCCAUCUGCAGCUCCACCUGCUACACAGGCAGCCGCUGCUCCAGUCGCGCCCCCGGCUGCUCCCGCUCCACCUCCUCCACCGAAACCAGCCACAUCAGGACCGUUACGUCUGAGUCCAGCUGCAAGACACAUACUGGACACCCAUGGUUUGGACCCACACUUGGCCACAGCCACUGGACCAAGAGGACUUAUCACCAAGGAAGAUGUGUUGAAUCUCUUGAAGACGUCUCCUGCUCCCAAAGCUUCCCCAGCCAUGGCUGCCCCAGCUCCCCCGAGUCCCGUCCCCACCCCGGCAACUGCCCCUCCACCCCCAGGCAGCAGGCCCAACGUACCUCCUCUCUCUGUACCAGGGAAGCCAGGAGCACCGGGCACUUUCACUGAGAUCCCGGCCUCUAACGUGCGCCGCGUUAUUGCUCAAAGGCUAACGCAAUCGAAGACCACCAUCCCCCACGCUUACGCCUCGGUCGACUGCGACAUGGCUGCCAUCAUGCACCUCCGCAAGGACUUGGCCAAUGAACAAAUCAAAGUGUCUGUUAAUGAUUUCAUUAUCAAGGCAGCUGCUGUAACACUUAAAGAAAUGCCAGAGGUGAAUGUGACCUGGUCUGAGGAUGGACCCCGUGCACUAGAUUCAAUCCACAUUGCGAUCGCGGUGGCGACUGACAAGGGCCUCAUUACCCCCAUCAUCAAGGAUGCUGCAAGCAAAGGGGUCCAGGAGAUCUCAGCUAACGCUCAGGCACUGGCCCGGAAGGCUCGAGAUGGGAAACUUCUCCCUGAGGAGUACCAGGGAGGCUCAUUCAGUAUAUCCAACCUGGGGAUGUUUGGUAUCAGUGGCUUCAGCGCUGUGAUCAACCCUCCUCAGGCGUGUAUUCUCGCCGUCGGGACCUCCAGGGCCGAGCUGCGACUGUGCGAGGAUGACCAGACGCUGCGCACCCAGCAGCUGAUGACAGUCACACUGUCCAGUGACGGAAGGCUGGUGGAUGACGAAUUAGCCUCGCGGUUUCUCGAUAAAUUCCGUGCCAACUUAGAACAACCGCAACGCAUGGCCCUCGCCUGAGGAAGACAAAGUGAAAUAGCUGUGUGGAAGGGAUCUGCUUUCGCAAGCAAAGAGCUCUUAAAAAGUUGAUUCCUGUUCUUGUGCUUGGAUUAAGGAUACAAAGUAGGCUUGCACAUAGUAUAAACUGCUGUUUGUGGCUUACUUUCUGACAGAUAAUCGGCAGGCUUUGUGAUGGAGGAGUUAUAAUUGGCUUCUGCUAGAGGAUUCUCGCAGCAAGACAAGACAGAAGUUGCAUGGCAGGGUGCAUCCCACACACAGUAAUAUGGGAGGUUGUUCCAUCACACCAGUGUUGUAUAUAUAAAAUGGUUAUUCUAGUUCUAUUUUUCAGUCCCAGUGUAUCAAAUCUGUGUCACUAUUAAUACACAUCCAAACGAUUCUGUGAAAAAAACCCCAUUAUGUUCAUUUGUCAAAGAUAUUUAUUAUUGAACAUCGAGGGAAAUCCUGUUUCAAGACAAAUCAUUUAAAACCAAACCGACUUAACUUAACUCAUUGUUCAUGUUAAUAUGUUUUAACUUAUUUCAUACCUUGUGACAUACGAGAACACAAAACAACUAUACAAGAUAAAAAUGGCCAUUUAGUCUUUGGUUUUCCGUAGAUGCCAAUAAAGCACAUUGUUUAACUUUGAA